GGAGGAGUUUGCAGUUUGCGCAGCAGCUCGGAGACUGUCCACGUUUACACCGUUUACCCCCCUCCUGUCCUCCCCUCUGCCGCUCCUCUGUUCUGCCUUGGGACGCUGUUCGCAACUUCCACCGCUGCAACAUGUCUCCGGUUUUCACCUCGUUUUGCCUUGUUCUGGCGCUGUGGUCCUCGGUGCAGACGAACCCCAGUCCUGUCUUGGGAGAUGUAAACGUGGACAGGCUUUUCGUGCCCCCGAACUGUGAGAGAGAAGCGACCACCGGAGACAAUGUUCGCUACCACUACAACGCCACGUUUAUGGACGGGAAAACCUUUGAUUCAAGUUACCAGAGGGGAGGGGCUAAGGUGGCUCUUCUGGGCGAGGGGCGUCUGAUCGCAGGAAUAGACAAAGGACUCCAGGGCAUGUGUGUGAACGAGCACCGGAGAAUCACCAUUCCUCCACACCUCGCCUAUGGCAGCACUGGAGCAGGUGAUGUGGUUCCUCCUGAUGCCACUCUGAUCUUCGACCUCCUCCUGGUUGACCUGUGGAAUAACGCAGAUCUCGUUGUUACCAAAACCAUCUCCACUCCUAAAGACUGUAAACGCUCCGUCAUGAGAGGCGACUUUGUGCGUUACCAUUUCAAUGGCACACUGCUAGAUGGCACUACCUUCGACUCCAGCUACACCCGGAAGCAGACCCAGGACACACUGGUGGGAGAGGGAUGGGUGAUCCGAGGCCUGGACGAGGGUCUACUGGGAAUGUGCGUCGGAGAGAUCAGGAACAUUGUUGUCCCUCCGUUCAAAGGAUAUGGAGAGAAGGGAGCAGGCUCUGAGAUCCCCCCACAGGCCACUCUUGUGUACAAUAUUCUGUUGGUCGACAUUCACAACCCUAAAGACAACAUCACCAUCGAGGACCAGGUGGUUCCUGAGUCGUGCCAACGCAAAUCUGUGGUCGGAGAUUAUAUCAGAUACCAUUACAACGGAACCUUCUUGAAUGGAGGCACAUUUGACACCAGUUACCAGAGGAACAGCACAUAUAACACCUACAUUGGAAUGGGGUAUGUGAUCUUAGGCAUGGACCAGGCUUUGGUAGGAGUCUGCACAGGGGAAAGAAGAAGAGUGAUCAUCCCUCCACAUUUAGCAUAUGGAGAACAUGGAGCAGGAAACGUGAUCCCUCCUUCAGCGGUAAUUGUGUUUGACAUUCACGUCAUUGACUUCCAUAAUCCCAAAGACACAGUGGAUAUUCAGGUCACACACAAACCUGAGACAUGCAAUGAAACCACCGAAGUCAAUGAUGUUGUCAAAUAUCACUACAACUGCAGCCUCGUGGAUGGUACCAGACUGUUUUCAUCACAUAACAAUGACAACAUGCAGGAGACUACGUUGGGCUGGGACCUGGUAAUCGAUGGACUGGACCAGGCUCUGAGGAACAUGUGUGAAGGCGAGAGAAGGAUUGUCACCGUGCCUCCACAUCUGGGCCACGGAGAAAGAGGAGCGGAGGGUGUCCCGAGCAGUGCCGUGCUGGUUUUUGAAGUGGAGCUGGUGAGCUUUCAGAAGGGCGUUCCAGCCGGGUACCUGUUUGUAUGGCUCGGGGAAGCUCCAACUGACCUCUUUCUGAAUCUCGACUUAAACAAAGAUGAAAAAGUGACACAGGAGGAGUUUGGGGAGUUCAUCAAGCUGCAGGUGUCAGAGGGUAAAGGUCGCAUAAAGCCCGGGAUGACCAUGGAGCAGGUCAUUGCCGACAUGUUUCAGAAUCAGGACAGAAACAAAGAUGGUGCCAUCACAGCGGAUGAGCUCAAACUGAAGGUGGAGGAGGACAGAGAGAAAGCGGCACACGACGAGUUGUGAAGACAGUUUUGUUUUCACUCAAACUCAGGGAUUCACAUCCGGCGAAACGUAAAAACAACAUAAGACUUUCCAUUGAGAUCAAGGUUUAUUAUUGUCUCAAAAAGACAUCAACAAGAUUUUUAUGUCUGUAGU